AUGAAAUCCAACCAAGAGCGGAGCAACGAAUGCCUGCCUCCCAAGAAGCGCGAGAUCCCCGCCACCAGCCGGUCCAGCGAGGAGAAGGCCCCCGCCCUGCCCAGCGACAACCACCGGGUGGAGGGCGCAGCAUGGCUGCCGGGCAACCCUGGUGGCCGGGGCCACGGGGGCGGGAGGCACGGGCCGGCAGGGACCUCAGCGGAGCUUGGUUUACAACAGGGAAUAGGUUUACACAAAGCAUUGUCCACAGGGCUGGACUACUCCCCACCCAGCGCGCCCAGGUCUGUCCCCGUGGCCACCACGCUGCCCGCCGCGUACGCCACCCCACAGCCAGGGACCCCGGUGUCUCCCGUGCAGUACGCUCACCUGCCACACACCUUCCAGUUCAUUGGGUCCUCCCAGUACAGCGGGACCUACGCCAGCUUCAUCCCGUCACAGCUGAUCCCCCCAACCGCCAACCCCGUCACCAGUGCGGUGGCCUCGGCUGCAGGGGCCACCACUCCAUCCCAGCGCUCCCAGCUGGAGGCCUAUUCCACUCUGUUGGCCAACAUGGGCAGUCUGAGCCAGGCGCCGGGACACAAGGCUGAGCAGCAGCCGCAGCAGCCGCCACCGCCGCAGCAGCACCUCAGCAGGGCUCCGGGGCUCAUCACCCCGGGGUCCCCCCCACCCGCCCAGCAGAGCCAGUACGUCCACAUUUCCAGUUCUCCGCAGAGCACCGGCCGCACCGCCUCUCCUCCAGCCAUCCCCGUCCACCUCCACCCCCAUCAGACGAUGAUCCCACACACACUCACCCUGGGCCCCCCCUCCCAGGUCGUCAUGCAAUACGCCGACUCCGGCAGCCACUUUGUCCCUCGGGAGGCCACCAAGAAAGCCGAGAGCAGCCGGCUGCAGCAGGCCAUCCAGGCCAAGGAGGUCCUGAAUGGUGAGAUGGAGAAGGGCCGGCGGUACGGGGCCCCGUCCUCAGCCGACCUGGGCCUGGGCAAGGUGGGUGGCAAGUCGGUCCCUCACCCGUACGAGUCCAGGCACGUGGUGGUCCACCCGAGCCCCUCCGACUACAGCAGUCGCGACCCCUCGGGGGUCCGGGCCUCUGUCAUGGUCCUGCCCAACAGCAGCACGCCCGCGGCCGACCUGGAGGUGCAGCAGGCCACUCAUCGCGAGGCCUCCCCCUCCACCCUCAACGACAAAAGCGGCCUGCACUUAGGGAAGCCGGGCCACCGGUCCUAUGCGCUCUCACCCCACACGGUCAUUCAGACCACACACAGUGCUUCAGAGCCACUCCCGGUGGGACUGCCAGCCACAGCCUUCUACGCGGGGACUCAACCCCCUGUCAUCGGCUACCUGAGCGGCCAGCAGCAAGCGAUCACCUACGCCGGCAGCCUGCCCCAGCACCUGGUGAUCCCCGGCACACAACCCCUGCUCAUCCCGGUCGGCAGCACUGACAUGGAAGCGUCGGGGGCAGCUCCGGCCAUCGUCACGUCGUCCCCCCAGUUUGCUGCAGUGCCUCACACGUUUGUCACCACCGCCCUUCCCAAGAGCGAGAACUUCAACCCGGAGGCCCUGGUCACCCAGGCCGCCUACCCGGCCAUGGUGCAGGCCCAGAUCCACCUGCCCGUGGUGCAGUCUGUGGCCUCCCCCGCAGCGGCUCCCCCCACGCUGCCUCCCUACUUCAUGAAAGGCUCCAUUAUCCAGUUGGCCAACGGGGAGCUGAAGAAGGUGGAAGACUUAAAAACGGAAGAUUUCAUCCAGAGUGCAGAGAUAAGUAACGACCUGAAGAUCGACUCCAGCACGGUGGAGAGGAUCGAAGACAGCCAUAGUCCGGGCAUGGCCGUGAUACAGUUCGCCGUCGGGGAGCACCGAGCCCAGGUCAGCGUUGAAGUUUUGGUAGAGUAUCCUUUUUUUGUGUUUGGACAGGGCUGGUCUUCCUGCUGUCCGGAGAGAACCAGCCAGCUCUUUGAUUUGCCGUGUUCCAAACUCUCAGUUGGGGAUGUCUGCAUCUCGCUGACCCUCAAGAACCUGAAGAACGGCUCUGUUAAAAAGGGCCAGCCCGUGGAUCCCGCCAGCGUCCUGCUGAAGCACUCAAAGGCCGACGGCCUGGCGGGCAGCAGACACAGGUAUGCCGAGCAGGAAAACGGAAUCCACCAGGGGAGUGCCCAGAUGCUGUCUGAGAAUGGCGAACUGAAGUUUCCAGAGAAAAUGGGAUUGCCCGCAGCACCCUUCCUCACCAAAAUAGAACCCAGCAAGCCUCCGGCCACGAGGAAGAGGAGGUGGUCGGCGCCGGAGAGCCGCAAACUGGAGAAGUCAGAAGAUGAACCACCUUUGACUCUUCCUAAGCCUUCUCUAAUUCCUCAGGAGGUUAAGAUUUGCAUUGAAGGCCGGUCUAAUGUAGGCAAGUAGAGGCAGCGUGGGGAAAGGAAACGUGGCUCUCCCUUAUCAUUUGUAUCCAGAUUACUGUACUGUAGGCUAAAUAACACAGUAUUUACAUGUUUUCCUCUUAUUUUAGGUUUCUGUUCUAACCUUGUCAUUAGAGUUACAGCAGGUGUGUCGCAGGAGACUGGUGCAUAUGCUUUUUCCACGAGUGUCAGUGAGCAGGCGGGAGGAAGGGGGCUCCAGGCAUCCCCUGGGAAGAAAGGAGUGGGGCUUCAGGGGCACCCGCCUUCUCUAGCAGCACAGAAGCAGCCCGGGGCGCUGACUCCUGCUAGUUUCAGGGGAAAGUUCCGUGGGAAGGGUCCUGCAGAGUUGCAGGGGUGCAUGCAUGUGGGGGUGCAGAGGCGCUGUGGUGGCCGGUGAGGGUCUCUUUUUCUCUGCCUCCCUCUCUCGCUAUCAGCAUGGGACUGGGGAUUCAGAGCAGGGUCCUCCUGGGGUUCCCAUGUACACGAUCAACAGCAGGAACCCAGCUUCAGGGCAUCGCAGAGACGCGUCAGAUGGCAGAUUUGGAAAGCUAACCAUUUAAAAGAACAUUUUUCUCUCCAACAUUUUACAGUAAAAGCAACUUUUAAUUGUAUAGAUAUAUAUUUCCCCCUAUGGGGCCUGACUGCACUGAUAUCUUUUUUUUUUUUUUUAAAGAGCAACUGCCACAUGCGGGAUUUCAUUUCUGCUUUACUAGUGCAGUGAUGUCACCAGGGUGUCGUGGACAGGGAAGCCCCUGCUGUCAUGGCUCCACGUGGGGUAAGGGGGUUUGGGGGUGGGGCGGGGAGAGAGUGAACACCCACGCUGGUUCCUGUGCAGUGUCAGGAAGACCUAUCAGGUUACUGCCUUGACUUCACUCCCAAGAGGUAGAUGCAAACUGCCCUUCCGUGACAGCAACGGAAGCUCUUCUCAAUGAGUUUGCAAAAUCUGUCUUUUAAUUCUAGUACUGUUUAUAGUUCAUGACUAUGGACAACUCGGGUGCCACUUUUUUUUUUUUUCAGAUUCCAGUGUGACAUGAGGAAUUAGAUUUUGAAGAUGAGCAUAUAUUACUAUCUUUAAGCAUUUAAAAAUACCGUUCACACUUUAUUACCAAGCAUCUUGGUCUCUCAUUCAACAAGUACUGUAUCUCAUUUUAAACUCUUUGGGAAGAGGAAAAAAAAAAAAAACUAAGUUGCUUUCUUUUUUUCCAACACUGUAACUACAUUUCAGCUCUGCAGAAUUGCUGAAGAGCAAGAUAUUGAAAGUUUCAAUGUGGUUUAAAGGGAUGAAUGUGAAUUAUGAACUCGUGUGUGACAAUAAAUGACCAAGUACUACCUGACAGGAGGCACUUUCACUUUGAUGUCUGAGAAACAGUUACAGGCAUAUGCAGAGUGGGCAGAGGAACUGAGGAAAGGGAUGGAGAAGAGAAUACUCAUUUUUGUCCAGUGUUUUUCUUUUUAAGAUGAACUUUUAAAGAACCUUGCAAUUUGCACAUCUUGAGUUUGUAAUUUGUGUGAUAUUCCUGCAGUUUUUAUCCAAUAACAUUGUGGGAAAGGUUUGGGGGACUGAACGAGCAUAAAUAAAUGUAGCAAAAUUUCUUUCUAACCUGCCUAAACUCUAGGCCAUUUUAUAAGGUUAUGUUCCUUUGAAAAUUCAUUUUGGUCUUUUUACCACAUCUGUCACAAAAACCCAGGUCUUAGUGGGCUCUUAGAAACUCUGAGAAUUUUCUUCAGAUUUGUUGAGUUUUCCAUAAAAACAUUUAUAUAUGUGAGCAAGAUUUUUUUUAAAACAAUUGCUUUAUUAGUGUUAUUUUCAGAAUGACUUUUUUUUCUAUUCAAAAUCAAAUCAAGAUUUAAUGUUUGGUACAAACCCAGAAAGGGUAUUUCAUAGUUUAAACCUUUCAUUCCCAGAGAUCUGAAAUAUCAUUUGUGGGUUUUGAGUGCAUCUUUAAAGUGCUUUAAAAAAACGUUUUAUAAGUAGGGAGAAAUGUUUAAAUAUUCUUACUUCGAGGGCUGCAGCGAACCUAAACAAAUCCAUACUCGAUUUUUCUUUUACCCCCUUGAAAAUAGUAUUUCCUUCAUUUCACAAAUUAAAAAACAAAAAUCUGACAUCAUCAGCCCACAUUUUGGCUAUCUAGUAUUCAUUUACAUUUAGCACUCAGCAGGACUAAUGAUUUUUGUAAACCAUUUUCUGGGGUGUACCAAAAACAUCUGAAUAGGUUUAGAAUAGCUAGAAUAGUUCCUUGACUUUCCUGGAACUUCAUUACCCUCUCAGCAUGCUUGCAGAGAGGUGGGUGGGCUCAUUCUUGCGGUCAGACUGCUUAGUUAGUGCUGUAUUUUUUAAACGUUUCUGUUCAGAGAACUUGCUUAAUCUUCCAUAUAUUCUGCUCAGGGCACUUGCAAUUAUUAGGUUUUUCUUUUUGUUUUUUAACCUUUGAUGGUAAGAGGAAUACGGGCUGCCACACAGACUUUGUUCUCGUUAGUAUCACUAUUGACAACUCAUGUGGACUCAGAGAAACACACACCACCUUUUGGCUUACUUCGAGUACAGAACUGACUGGAUCCACUAAACUAACACUAAGAUGCGAAAACACACGUGGUUUGCAGCAAUAGGAACAUCAUCAUUUUUGUGGUUCUAUUUCAGGUAUAGGAAUUAUAAAAAUAAUUGGUUCUUUCUAAGCACUUGUCCCAUUCAUUCUCUUGCUUUUUUAGCAUGUGCAAUACUUUCUGUGCCAAUAGAGUCUGACCAGUGUGCUCUCUAGUUAAAGCUUAUUCCCUUUCCGCUUCUUCCUUGUUUGGUUGAUCUUCCCCAUUCUGGCCAGAGCAGGGCUGGAGGGAAGGAGCCAGCAGGGAGAGCGCCUCCCACCUUUCCCUUGCUGCAGAUGCUGAGUGCUGGGGCGGGCAGCCUUCAGGAGCCCCGUGCGUCUGCUGCCGCGUUGCAGAAAAAGCCAGCCAAGGAGACCUGUCACCACAUGGAAUAGUGAAUGUGGAGUGUGGAGAGGAAGGAGACAGAUUCAUUUCUGAGACGCACUCUGGAGCCAGGUAGCCUGGAGUCAACCCAUUUUCCACGGUCUUUUCUGCGAGCGGGUAGGCCCCCUCCUCGGAGUCUGUGUCCUUGAGACUUGGAGCCCUGCCUCUGAGCCUGGACAGGAAGUAUGGCCUGUUGUGCGUGUGUUCUGAGCGUGCUGGCCAGUGGCUGUGGAGGGGACCACUGCCAACCACGGUCACCACUCCCUGUGGUAGCUUUCUCUUCAAAUAGGAAGAAUGCACAGAGGGCAGGAGCCUCCUGUUUGCAGACGCUGGCGGGCCCCGAGGCUCCCAGAGCAGCCUCUGUCACCGCUUCUGUGUAGCAAACAUUAACGAUGACAGGGGUAGAAAUUCUUCGGUGCCGUUCAGCUUACAAGGAUCAGCCAUGUGCCUCUGUACUAUGUCCACUUUGCAAUAUUUACUGACAGCCGUCUUUUGUUCUUUCUUUCCUGUUUUCCAUUUUUAAACUAAUAACAGCAGGCCUUUUGCGUUUACAGUGGAACACAAUCACCAAGAAAUUAGUCAGGGCGAAAAGAAAAAAUAAUAAUAUUAAUAAGAAACCAACAAACAAGAACCUCUCUUUCUAGGGAUUUCUAAAUAUAUAAAAUGACUGUUCCUUAGAAUGUUUAACUUAAGAAUUAUUUCAGUUUGUCUGGGCCACAUUGGGGCAGAGGGGGGAGGGAGGGAUACAGAGAUGGAUGCCGCUUACCUCAGAUCUUUUAAAGUGGAAAUCCAAAUUGCAUUUUCAUUGGGACUUUCAGGAUAAUUUUCUAUGUCGGUCAAUUUUUCGUUUUCCCUUACUCACCCAGUUUAGUUUGGGAUGAUUUGAUUUUUGUUGUUGAUCCCAUUUCUAACUCAGAAUUGUGAGCCUCUAUGUUUUCUGUUAGGUGAGUGUGUUGGGUUUCCCCCACCCCACCAGGAAGUGGCAGCAUCCCUCCUUCUCCCCUAAAGGGACUCUGCGGAACCUUUCACACCUCUUACUCAGGGACGGGGCUGGUGUGUGUGUGGUACACUGAUGUGUCCAGAAGCAGCACUUUGACUGCUCUGGAGUAGGGUUGUACAAUUUCAAGGAAUGUUUGGAUUUCCUGCAUCUUGUGGAUUACUCCUUAGAUACCGCAUAGAUUGCAAUAUAAUGCUGCAUGUUCAAGAUGAACAGUAGCUCCUAGUAAUCAUAAAAUCCACUCUUUGCACAUAGUUUGAUCUUUACAGAAAUAUGUUGCCAAAAUUUUUGUUGUUGUAGCUCUGGAUUUUGUUUUUUAAGGAAAUGAUUGACAAUACCCUUUUAACAUCUGUGACUACUAAGGAAACCUAUUUCUCUCACAGAAAAAUCUCCAGUGCUUUUGAAGACACUAAUGUCAUGCUAUUUCAGAUAUGGGUGAGGAAGCAGAGCUCUCGGACCGAAGGCCAGGCUUCUUGAGCUGUGCAGGUUGUCAUGGCUACUGUUUCAGGAGCCACAAGCAGCUCAACAGACUGGUCUGUUGUCUUCUGAAACUCUUUGCACUUCAAUUUGCACCAGGUGAAAAGAGGGCUGGCAGACUCCGUGGCCCAAUUCAGUUUCUUCGGUGGUGAUAUGAAAGGAAAGAGAAUUACAAUUUUUUUUUUUUUUGUAAGUGGAGUGGAGGCCUUUGCUUCCACAUUUGUUUUUAACCCAGGAUUUCUGAAAUAGAGAAUUUAAGAACACAUCAAGUAGUAACACGGAGAAUAUACUUUUUUAUAAAGCACACGCACCUGCUAUUGUGUUAGGUUGGUUUCCUCUCUUUUCCACGGACAGUGUUGUAUUUCUGGCAUAGGGAAACUCCAAACAACUUGCACACCUCUACUCCGGAGCUGAGAUUUCUUUUACAUAGAUGACCUCGCUUCAAAUGUUACCUUACUGAUAGGAUCUUUUCUUGUAGCACUAUAACCUUGUGGGAAUUUUUUUUUUUUAAUGUACACCUAAUUUGAGAAGCUGAAGAAAACAAAAUUUUGAAGCACUCACUUUGAGGAGUACAGGUAAUGUUUUUAAAAAUUGCACAAAAGAAAAAUGAAUGUCGAAAUGAUUCAUUCAGUGUUUGAAAGAUAAUGGAUCUGUUGAAACAAUGAGUUUCAUACUUUGUUUGUUUUAAAAAAAAAAUGAAAAAGCAGAGAAGGGUUGAAAGUUACAUGUUUUUUUGUACAUAGAAAUUUGUCAUGUCUAAAUGAUCAGAUUCGUAUGGUUACGGCCAGGAAGAAUUACUACGUAAAAGGCUCUUAAACUAUACCUAUGCUUAUGUUGUUUUUGUUACACAUGGCCCUCGUCUGAGGGAGGGGAACUCGUAUUCUGCUAUUUGAGAAUACUGUUCAUUCCUAUGCUGGAAGUACUUCUCUGAGCUCCCUUCUUAGUCUAAACCCUUAAGCCAUUGCAACUUCUUUUUCUUCAGAGAUGGUAUUUGACAUUUUCAGCACUUCUUGUUCCUAUAAACCCAAAGAAUAUAAUCUUGAACAUGAAGUGUUUGUAACAAGGAUUCCAGGCUACCAAUCAAAUAGGACUCAUUAUGGGGACAAAAAAAUAACUUCACCUUCUUUCCCCCCACACCUCAUUUAAAUGGGGGGCGUCAAAAUGCCUCAUUUUACUUUAGUUUCUUUAUAAAGAGGCCAAAAUAAAUGCGGAGCAACUUCUCAGAAUAGUAUUCCUGUCCACACAUCAAGCCGGACAGCGGAAACUGGACAGCUGUGGGGAUAUUAAGCACCCCGCUUUCAAUUCUUAAAUUCAGAAUCUCGUCCCCUCCCUUCUCAUGGAAGGCGAUCGUCCUGGUAGCUAACGUUCCCCUGUGUGGGCGGAGGGAAUGCCGGCUUCAGUUUUUCAUGUCCCUGUGACUUGCAUACAAAUGGUUCAACUGUAUUAAAAUUAAGUGCAUUUGGCCAAUAGGUAGUAUCUAUACAAUAACAAUCUCUAAGACUUUCCAUAACUUUUCUUACCUGAAAGGACUCAAGUCUUCCACUGCAGAUACAUUGGAGGCUUUGCCCACGUUUUCUUUCCCUUUAGUUCUUUUGCUGUCUGGGUGGCCGGUGAGCCUGUCCCCUUUUCUGUGGCCAAUCUGAAGGCCUUCAUUGGAAGCGCUGUUUACAGUCAUCCUUACCAAGAUAACAUCCUGUCCUCCAGAAUACCACGUAUUAGGUGACACUAGCUCGAGCUGUUGUUGUCUUCAGAGCAGUUACCAAGAAUCUCGGUGCAUAGGUUUUCUCUGGUUCUUACAGGAACUACCUACUCUCUCAGUUACCUGGUCCAGGAGUGGGGUAAAUCCUUGAGUCAGUGCAUUUGAACUUGAUACCUGUGCAUUCAGUUCUGUAAAGACUGCCCUUUUUUGGCGGGGUUUCUUCCUCUCCCCAGCCUGACUACUCAACUCUAAAUCCAAAUUAGUGUCAGCUGAAAGGAGGUUUCAAGAUAGUCCCUGUCAGUAUUUGUGGUGACCUUCAGAUUAGAGUCUUCGUUUCCAGCCAGUCGAGUCCUGGCCCGAGCGCCAUCUGUGAGACUCGUACCACUGGAUGUUUUAAUAACGGAUCAUUACCACCAAACUUCCAAUCAUAUGCCUCCCACAGGCCAAGGGAAAACAGACACCAGAACUUGGGUUGAGGGCACUACCAGACUGACAUGGCCAGUACGGAGGAGAACUAGGGAAGGAAUGUUUUGCACCUUAUUGAAAAGAAAAUUUUAAGUGCAUACAUAAUAGUUAAGAGCUUUUAUUGUGACAGGAGAACUUUUUUCCAUAUGCGUGCAUACUCUCUGUAAUUCCAGUGUAAAAUAUUGUACUUGCACUAGCUUUUUUAAAACAAAUAUUAAAAAAUGGAAGAAUUCAUAUUCUAUUUUCUAAUCGUGGUGUGUCUAUUUGUAGGAUACACUCGAGUCUGUUUAUUGAAUUUUAUGGUCCCUUUCUUUGAUGGUGCUUGCAGGUUUUCUAGGUAGAAAUUAUUUCAUUAUUAUAAUAAAACAAUGUUUGAUUCAAAAUUUGAACAAAAUUGUUUUAAAUAAAUUGUCUGUAUACCAGUACAAGUUUAUUGUUUCAGUAUACUCGUACUAAUAAAAUAACAGUGCCAAUUGCA